GUGUACGUGAUGACCUGUGCAAAGUGCACAGCCUUAGUCUGAGGAUUAUGCAGGUUCCUGCCAGAAACUGAUGAGCACUAGCUGGUGUUUUCCUGUGCAGAGUGCUCCUCCGGGUGACCUGCAGGUGAUUCAGUCUGAGAAAUCAGGUUCAGUUGCUGCUGGAGAGACAGUCGUCACUCUGAGUGCACUGCGACUCCUUUGAAUCCUGGAGGCACAUGGGAUUGUUCAGGGGUGUGCGCACGGCUGGGAGAUAACAUACAGGUUCACAGGAGAGCAUUUUCCCAGAGUUACAAAUGCUGGGAAACAACCUGGACUUUUCCAUCUGAAUCAGCAACAUCCCCCAUGCAAACAGUCGUACCUACUGUGUGAAGUUCCAGAAGGGGCACUUAUAUAAAACAAGAAGCUGCAUUCUGAGCCAGACAGCAAACUGACUGUGGAUCAGAUCCGGGGAUCUCACCAGCACAGACACUGCACUGAGCAAGCUGCUUCACUCUCACCAUGCUCCACCUGGGUGCUUGGCCCCACAUUCCGCAGAGUAUCCUACUGCUGACCCUACUUCUGGGACUCACAGGAGCAGCUACAUGGGAGCUGAAGGUGAUUCAGCCUGAGAAAUCAGUUUCUGUUGAUGCUGGAGACUCAGCCACUCUGAACUGCACUGUGACGUCCCUGCUCCCUUUGGGACCCAUGAAGUGGUUCAGGGGUACAGGGCAGAGUCGACACGUAAUAUAUAGUUUCACAGGAGAGAAGUUCCCCAGAAUCACAAAUGUUACAGAUACUACAAAGAGAAACAACCUGGACUUUUCCAUCCGCAUCAGUAAUGUCACACCUGCUGACGCUGGUACCUACUACUAUGUGAAGAUCGACAGAUUAGACUCUGACAAGGAGCGGUCUGGAGGAGGCACAGUGCUCUAUGUGCUCGGAGGAGAUAACAGGGAGAACCUGAAGGUGAUUCAGCCUGAGAAAUCAGUUUCUGUCUUUGCUGGAGCAUCAGCCACUCUGAACUGCACUGUGACCUCCCUGUUCCCUGUGGGGCCCGUGAAGUGGUUCAGGGGUACAGGGCAGAGUCGAUACCUAAUAUAUAGUUUCACAGGAGAGAAGUUCCCCAGAGUCACAUAUGUUAAAGAUCCCACAAAGAGAAACAACCUGGACUUUUCCAUCCGCAUCAGUAAUGUCACACCUGCUGACUCUGGUACCUACUAUUGUGUGAAGAUCAACAGAGCAGACUCUGACAAUGAGCUUCAGUCUGGGGGAGGCACCUAUUUGAAUGUACUUGAACUGAAGACAUCAGAUAAUGCUGAGGUCCUUGUAGCUGUGCUCCUUGCACCCAAACUGCUACUGGUAAUUGGUGCCAUUGCCAUCUACAUGCACAAGAAGCAGAAGGCCUGACUGGUCACAGACUACAAGAAGCUGGUGAGAAGCUGUGGAAGAUUGCUCCAAAUGCCUCCCUUACAAGGACAACUGCAACUCAGAAUUCCCUAUUGUUCCCCCAUAAGCACUGAUAGCUCACAGUUCUAAUGCUGUAGUUAUUGGAUAAUAUUCUUGGGGUUCUUAAUCUCCAUAAUAAAAGUAUUUAAGGAAGAACUCAAGUGAAAGUUCAAAUAUAAUCUAUCAAGUUAUGAGGGAAAGUUUCAA